UCAGUGGCGGAAGAGUGGAUGUCCCUGUGGAUGGAGGCCGGUAAUGUUCCCGCUUAUUGCUGAAAAGAAGACGUGUGACAUUUAACACGGCACGAAAUCUGAGCAAAGAAACAAGUUUUUAAAGUGGAAUGAGCGUUAGGAAUCCUUGACUGGAAAGGAAAUAAGGUCAAAGAUGUCUGUAAGUAAUCAUGAAAACCGUAAGUCCCGGUCAAGCUCUGGAUCAAUGAACAUCCACCUGUUCCAUAAAACCUCCCACGCCGACAGCUUGCUCACUCAGCUCAACCUGCUUCGUAAGCGGCGCGUCUUCACGGACGUGGUCCUGCGGGCCGGACACAGGGCCUUCCCCUGCCACAGGGCCGUCCUCGCCUCCUGCAGCCGCUACUUCGAAGCCAUGUUCAGCGGCGGCCUGAAGGAGAGCCAAGACGCAGAGGUCAACUUCCACGACUCGCUGCACCCGGAGGUGCUGGAGCUCCUGCUGGACUACGCCUACUCCGCUCGCAUCGUCAUCAACGAGGAGAACGCCGAGUCCCUCCUGGAGGCCGGCGACAUGCUCCAGUUCCACGACAUCCGAGACGCCUCGGCCGAGUUCCUCGAGAAGAACCUGCACCCGUCAAACUGCCUGGGCAUGAUGCUUCUGUCGGACGCCCACCAGUGCCAGCGGCUGUACGAGCUCUCCUGGCACAUGUGCCUGGCUAAUUUUGCCUCCCUGUACAGGACGGAGGACUUCCUGAACCUGCCCAAAGACAAAGUCCAGGAGCUGAUCUUCAGCGAGGAUCUGGAGGCCGAAGAUGAGAGUGUUGCGUACGAGGCCGUCAUCGACUGGGUCAAGGCCGACGUGGGUAGAAGACUGGGCGAUCUGCCGGAGCUGCUGCGCUGUGUGCGCUUGGCUCUUCUCCCGGAGACGUACCUGCUGAAGAACGUCAUCUCGGAGGAGCUCGUCAUGGGAGACAAGGUGGGUCGCGAGAUUGUGGAAGACGCCGUCCGGUGCAAGAUGAAGAUCCUGCAGAACGACGGCGUGGUCACGGGUUUCUGCGCCCAGCCCCGCAAGGUCAGCCAGGCUCUCCUGCUCCUGGGAGGUCAGACCUUCAUGUGUGACAAAGUCUACAUGAUUGAUCACAAGACGAAGGAGAUCACCCUCAAAACAGACCUGCCCAGCCCCCGCAAAGAGUGCAGUGCCUGUGCCAUUGGCUGCAAGGUUUAUGUCACAGGAGGAAGAGGGUCUGAAAACGGAGCUUCCAAAGACGUAUGGGUCUAUGACACGUUACACGACGAGUGGUCCAAAGCUGCUCCGAUGCUGGUGGCCAGGUUUGGCCAUGGCUCUGCUGAGCUGGACCACGUCCUGUACGUGGUGGGUGGCCACACGUCUCUCAUGGGCUCCUUCCCCGCCUCUCCGUCCGUGUCACUCAAACAGGUGGAGCAGUACAACCCACAGGCCAACAAAUGGACGCUGGUAGCGCCCCUGCGCGAAGGCGUCAGCAACGCGGCGGUCGUGGGAGCCAAGAACAAGCUCUUCGCUUUUGGCGGGACUAGUGUCAACAGAGACAGGUAUCCCAAGGUGCAGUGCUUUGACCCCUCUGAGAACAGGUGGACGGUUCCAGCCACGUGCCCUCAGCUGUGGCGCUACACAGCGGCGGCGGCGGUCGGAAACCAGGUUGUGGUCAUCGGCGGCGACACGGAAUUCUCGGCGAGCUCUGCCUAUCGCUUCAACAGCGAGACCUACCAGUGGACGAAAUUCAUCGAUGUCACAGCGAAGAGGAUAAGCUGCCACGCCGUUGCCUCAGGCAACCGUCUGUAUGUGGUGGGGGGUUACUUUGGAGCACAACGAUGCAAAACCCUGGACUGUUAUGACCCCUCCGUGGACUCGUGGGACAGCAUCACCAGUGUUCCAUACUCACUCAUUCCCACUGCGUUUGUCAGUACCUGGAAAUACUUAUCAUCCUGAAUUAUAGGAGCUGCCUAUUUUGAUGCCCUGCGUUGUGUGGAAUGUUGAUGGGUGUCUCCUCCCUGGAGCUGCGGGAUUCUGGGGGAGGGGAAGUUCCUCCAGCCGGAUCACACGUGACAGAUCAACGCGAUAUGAGAGAGAGAGAGAACACCGUGGAAACCAUGGCAACACAGCAACAAAAGAAUGCUCACCGUGGAAACCACGGCAACACAGCAACAAAAGAAUGCUCACUCCACGAUCUUCGCCGCUUCUCCUUUGAUCUGCUCGUGUCCCGUGCGCCUGCCAGCGCGCCAGAGGAGUAGCUGACCCACUCAAGCGGACAGGUUAUAUAAUAGUUGGACAUUGACGUGACUUCUUGGGUGGGGUUAGCAGUAGAAGCUCAGCUUUUAGGGUCAGGAUUUAGUCUGAAAACAAUGCAGCUGUCAGAAUGAGGAUGUUCUAGAUCAGACCUGAGUUAAAAAGACUUAACUGCCAACAGCUAGGUGAGGAAAUGAGCAAUUUAUUAGGUCACUUUACACGCCCUGCCUUGUGCGGCCGAUUUUGUAGUUACACCCUCCAUUAGGAUUUGGGGGACAGUUAGUCCUACUGUAUCCCACAAAUCAUAAGCUCCUCCACUUAACUUUCAGAUAAUAAUAUUUCUUCAUUAUCGUAGUGACAUUUUUUUUUGUAUACGAAUUCUAUUGUACAGUCUGUUGCAGGUCUCUUUAGAACCAAAAGAGUGGCCAAAGCAUUUGGGAGGCUUCACCUAGUGGGAAUUUAUUUUAUGAGGGCUAUUCAUCACAGACUUCCUCUCUAAUGAGGUUCUGACUGAUAAACUAGUUUUCCUCAUAAACGUCUUGUGUCCAAGACCAAAUAUGUGAUAUAGGAUCAACUGGACCCAGACUCCAUGACAGCCUUCCUCAUUUUGAAUUGAUAUAAUUGUAGCAUUUUUUGUCCAUGGUUGUAUGUAUUGUAGAUAAGGUUUGUUUAUAUGUGGUUCAACAUGGUAAGCUUCAGUGAACUUUUUUUCAAAGCCAAAAUUCUUUCCCGUGCCCACAGCUAAGGUUGUGUUCUUUUUUCCUGUGGCUUUACACAAACUCCACCAGCUGUGGAGUGGGGGGGGGGGGGGGGGAGGAUUACAUGUUUUAAGCUGCCUUGUUUUGCAUGUCAGAACUACUUCUCACUCCGAGCCAUGGGUUUGAAUUAAUGUUUAACACAAAGUACUGCUACUAAAAUGAUUCUGAUCUCAGCUUUUCAAUUGCUCAUCCUGUUUGACUACUCUGUAAAUAAAUGCUUUUGUCAAGACGCA